CCUGCGGCGUCCAGUGCGGGUGGGAGCAGGAUGGCUUCCCAGCCCGGGCCUCACCCCGACAGCACGUGAUGCCCAAGUUCUCCUUCUGUGCGCGGCCACAGCUCUCACUCACCCACCGGCUUCCUGUCGGGGCUUCUUCAGCCCCACCCCACAUUUGGGGCAUUUCCUUCCCUGACAGAGGGACCUGGGACCGGGCUGGGGCCCUGGCGGAUGAAGACAUGCUGCCCCUGCUGCUGCUGCCCCUGCUGUGGGGGGGGUCCCUGCAGGAGGAGCCAGAGUACGAGCUGCAGGAGGAGCCAGAGUACGAGCUGCAAGUGCAGAAGUCAGUGACGGUGCAGGAGGGUCUGUGCGUCCUCGUGCCCUGCUCCUUCUCUUACCCCUGGAAUUCCUGGUACUCCCCUCCCCCACUCUACGUCUACUGGUUCCGGGGCGGGGAGAGCCCAUACUAUGCUGAGCCUGUGGCCACCAACAACCUAAACAGAAAAGUGAAGUCAGAGACCCAGGGCCGAUUCCGCCUCCUUGGGGAUGUCUGGAAGAAGAACUGCUCCUUGAGCAUCGGAGAUGCCAGAAUGGGGGACACGGGAAGCUAUGUCUUCCGCGUGGAGAGAGGAAGGGAUGUAAAAUAUACCUACACACAGAAUAAGCUGAACUUGGAGGUGACAGCCCUGACUGAGAAACCCGACGUCCACAUUCUGGAGCCUCUGGAGUCCGGCCGCCUCACAAGGCUGAGCUGCAGCCUUCCAGGAUCCUGUGAAGUGGGACGACCUCUCACAUUCUCCUGGACGGGGGAUGCCCUCAGCCCCCUGGACCCAGAAACCACCCAGUCCUCGGAGCUCACCCUCACCCCGAGGCCCGAGGACCAUGGCACCAACCUCACCUGUCAUGUGAAACACCAAGGAGCGCAGGUGACCACGGAGAGAACUGUCCAGCUCAAUGUCUCCUAUGCUCCCCAGAACCUCACCAUCAGCAUCUUCUUCAGAAAUGGCACAGGCACAGCCCUGCGGAUCCUGAGCAAUGGCAUGUCGGUGCCCAUCCUGGAGGGCCAAUCCCUGUUCCUGACCUGCACAGUUGACAGCAACCCCCCUGCCUCACUGAGCUGGUUCUGGGACGGAAAAGCCCUGAAUCCCUCCCAGACCUCAGUGUCUGGGAUCCUGGAGCUGCCCAACAUAGGGGCUAGAGAGGGAGGGGAAUUCACCUGCCGGGUUCAGCACCCGCUGGGCUCCCAGCACCUGUCUCUCAUCCUUUCUGUGCAGAGAAGCUCCUCUUCCUGUAUAUGUGUAACCGAGAAACAGGAGGGCUCCUGGCCCCUCGUCCUCACCCUGAUCAGGGGGGCUCUCAUGGGGGCUGGCUUCCUCCUCACCUACGGCCUCACCUGGAUCUACUAUACCAGGUAUGGAGGCCCCCAGGGGAGUAGGGCUGAGAGGCCAGGCUGAGCGCCUCCUGCUCAAGACCGAGGUGUGGACACCCAGCCCUGCGGGACAGAUGCAGAACAUCGCUGUCAGCUUUUCUGGAGGCUGACAUCCCACUGACACCCCUCUUUUCCUUUCUGCCCCACACCCCAUCUGUUUAUCCCCCUCUGCUUGUGAGUCUUGCCCCACCACACCUGCAUCCCCAUCUGCACCCCAUCCCCUCCCCAACCCCCCUUCUGUUCCCUCUCCAUCCUCCAUCUCCAGCCCUGUGAAGGGAACGUUCUUUCGGUCUUAUACCCCCAAUACUCAAAACUAACCUUUUUUUUUUUUUUUUCAGACAGAGUCUCGCUCUGUUGCCCAGGCUGUGUGCAAUGACACAA